AUGACUAUCGACCAAGAUCCAAUCAAAAAGAAUUCACCUGUCAACAAGUAUUCUACAUCAUUAUUACAUGAUGGUCCAUCAUUUGAUAGACCAUUAAUGGAAACUCUAGACCCAAUUCAAUUCAAAUUAAAAAACAGUGAUAUUGUUGCCACUGCAUUCCCAAUCUUUCAUUAUUCCUGUAUUCCAAAAAAAUUGUUAUCUUUGAUGCAUGAGGAAUUCAAUGCAGAGAUCGAAAGAGGUGACACGUAUCCUCAAUUGGAUCCUUUGACUCUUGAUGAGUUUUGUCAUUAUUGGGUUCAUUCGAUGUGUGUUAUUCUAUUACAAACCGACAAUCUUAACAUUUUACAAGAAGAUGAAUCUUGUUAA